GCCUGGUCAAUCAUGCUGAUGCUCUCGAGCUACGUCCUCCUCGUCCCAGGCAUCACCGGCGUCCUCUUCUUGGCUUCAACGUCGUUGUGAACACGCUCGGGCAGCGCAUCAGCCUGCAGCCCGACGGGGGCCCCGGGUCGUGCACGGAGUCCACGGCGGGGCUCGUCCGCCUGCUGAGCACCACAGGAUCGGCCGUUGGCGCGGCCCUGGUGGUCUUGUACGCCAUGGUCGUGCCGGUGCUGAAGCUGCUCCUCGUCGCCCUGGGCGAGGCCUUGCGCUCCUCGCGGAGCCGCUCGCGGGUGCAGCUCGCCAGGUCCUGCAUACUCGCCGUGCAGGUGAUCUCGAAGUGGGCCUCGCCCGACGUGUUCGCCUACAUCCUGCUGGUGCACCUGGUGCGGGGACUCGCGGAGCCCCCCAGCAUCCUGACGGCAGCCAGGCUGGACGUGGGCUUCUCCUGCUUCAGCAUCUUCUGCCUCUGCUCCACCGUGUCGUCCCUGGGCACCGCGCUGCCCCCCCUGCCGGGGGCCGGCGAGCGGGAGCCCGCCGCGCGCGCGGCCGCGCCCGCGGCCGGCGCUGCCCCGCGGCGGCCGCCGCAGGGCUCCGCCGCCGCGCGGGGCGUGCUGGUGCUGUGGUCGCUGGCGCUGGGCGCCGUCUUCGCGGCGCUGCUGCGCACCGGGCUGUGCCUGCCCUGCAUGUCCUUCCGGAUCGUGGAGGAGAACCUGUACCCGCCGCACGGGCACGUCCCCGCGUCCAUGAAGCCGAUGGUGGAGGCCCUGGCGCUGCCGGAACUGCUCCGCUCGGACGUUAGCGUCUGGGGCUGCACGCUGUCCCUGCUGGAGGGGGCUGGCCGCGGUGAGGUCAGCAGCGCGCUGGCGCUGUGCAUGAUGGCCGUGUUCGUCAUAGGCCUGACCGUCGUGGACAUGAUGAUGCUCCUGGGGGCGUCGCUGCGCGUGUGGUCGGCGGAGGGCCCAGGCGGCCCGCAGGCUUGCUCGUGCUUGACGGCGUCGAGGGUGCUCAAGAAGUUGUCAAUGCUCGACGUCUGCACCAUGGGUAUCUACGUCGUCUCGUUCUGCCUGGCUAUUUACCGGGAGGACGGCAUCGUCGUCUCCACGGAGAGGGGCGUGACGUUCCUCCUGGCAGCCGAAGUGGUGCACACCGUGGCCUACUAUACCACGUUCGCCUUCGUCGAGCAGGUGGGCACCCAGGACUCUGAGGACACCGUAGAGUGCAGAGCAGAGGCGCACAGCGACGGGCUGGCGGACACAGAAGUUCCCUGCUCGUCGUUCUCGUUGGUCUGCUGCGGCGGGGCGCCCAAGGGCGCUGGGCUGCCCUAUCCCUCCGCGGCGCCUGCGGGCUUCGGCUCGCCGCCGCCCGCCGGCUUGUCUGCGAAGGGCAGCCCGGCCCACUAG